CUCAUCAUGCUGAUCACGGUUAAAGCACCCUGGAUGAUGGCCGUCUCUCGCUCAACCCACAAGAAAUAUUUCUACAACACCAUCACCAAAGCUGCAGAAUUUGAAAUUUCUGAUGAAAAAACGGCGGAUUUCGCAUGCACAAUGAGCGGGUCGCUGUUAUGGCGCUGGCGACCAGGCACGAUCAUCCUGGGCAACGACCGCAACAUCGGCUGCGAUUUUCUCGACAGCGACGACGAAGAAAAAGAUCAAACCCCAAAACUGAUGUCGCUAGCAAACUUCUCAGAAUUCCUCGACAAUGGUCCACCCAAACAAAAUUAAUGCCUUGCCGUAAUCUUUUAUACUCUCUUAACCACAUACGUUAGUUUAGGAAUACUUUGAUAGCGUAUUAGUAAUGCCUGGUGCGUGCGUUAGUAUCUUUAUUGAAGAAUGUAUAUUAUUUAUGUAAAGUCAUUGUCAGGCUCAGUCAUACAGCAGUCAUGCUGCUGGGAGUGUGAUCAUGAAUGUUGUUACAUAGCGUCAUGUAUAGUUACAUAGCAUUUUGUAAUGUUACAUCACUUCAUGUAUAGUUACAUAGCAUUUUGUAAUGUUACAUCACAUCAUGUAUAGCACAUAACGUUAUGUAUAGUUACAUAACAUUAUGUAUAGUUACAUAACAUUAUGUAUAAUUCAGAGCCUUGCAUGAGGUUCUACUCGUUACUUAACAGUACUUGUUAGCUGCAACGAGAUUACUUACUGUAAUGUUUGCACAUGCCGUGCAUCUUGCAAAUUGAUUGCAUAGGUUUCUACCAAUGAAUGGGUGAUAGCUGUCCAUUGAAUGGAUGAUAGUUGUCCAUUGAAUGGGUGAUAGUUGUCCAUUGAAUGGAUGAUAUUUGUCCAUUGA